AUGAUGGGCUUUGUCGUGGAUCACAUAUCCUGCAAAGGACAAGAAGAAUUGGUUGCAUAUGCUUUCUAUUACGAUUUUGGUGAUUUUGUGCUGUUCUCCGAGGUCGGUGACCUGAAACGGUAUUCAAUCCAUUAUGAUAGGAGUGGAAGAUCCAAGGGAACUGCGGAAGUUGUUUUUGCUCGCCAGUCUGAUGCUUUAGCAGCUGUCAAGAGGUACAACAAUCUACAGCUCGAUGGAAAACCAAUAAAAAUUGAGUUGGUAGGAAUUAAUCUUGUUACGCCGCCUUCAGUGCCUCCAACUACUAAUGGCAUUCUAGGAAACCCACCUGUGGAGUUUAGAAGAAGACAAGUUGCAGGUAGGGGUUGGGAUCAUCUUGGUAGUGGUGGCGGUCAUGGUCGUGGUCGUGGACAAGGGAGGGGUCUUGGACAAAGGAGAGGCCAUGAAGAGAAGAUAUCAGCUGAAGAUCUUGAUGCUGAAUUGGAGAAGUAUCAUUUAGAAGCUAUGCAAAUUAACUAACUGUCAUGUCCAGUUUUUCCUGACCUGGUGGUAUGAAUGGUGCAACUAUACCAGUCCCAAUAUGCAAAAUGCUAUUUUGUUCUAGAUAGAAGAAAAUUCACUAACUAGAUACUGGUUGAUUCAUAUAUGGUUUGCUCCCUGAGAUUGCUGGGUUGGGUUGCUUCUCUUCUGUGCAUGACUAUUGAAAGAUGCUGCCUUUCUUUUACUUAGUUGCUGAUUCUGAUGGUUGGUUUGUUAUAGUCACGUUUUACUAUUUUUCAUGCCUUUCGGAUGUGAAGGUAAAGAAAGAAAAAUGAAAAAUGAGGGGAAAGAACA